AUGCUGAAAGCAGUAGCAUUUGCUCGUAAAGCAGGGUGCGAUUCAUUUGUUGCUGUGGGUGGUGGAUCCGUUAUCGAUACGACUAAGGCUGCAGCUCUAUACUGCUCAAAUCCAGAAGCGGACUUCUACGACUAUGUUUGUCCACCAUUCGGAAAGAAUCUGGUUCCGAAAAAUCCGAUGCUACCUUUGAUCGCUGUUCCGACUACGGCUGGAACUGGAAGUGAAACAACAGGUGCUGCCAUAAUGGAUCUUCCUAAACAUGAGUGCAAAUCGGGCAUUCGACAACGAUGUAUCAAGCCCAUAUUGGCCAUAGUUGACCCUGAUAACAUUAAGAGUAUGCCUCGAAAUGUGGCCAUUUACUCUGGUUUUGAUGUGCUGUGCCAUGCAUUGGAGAGUUACACAGCUCUUCCUUACAACAAGAGAGUUCCACGACCAUCUCGUCCAGAUCUUCGACCACUCUAUCAAGGUUCCAAUCCAAUUAGUGACGUAUGGAGCUUGGAAGCAUUGAGGAUCAUCGGAAAAUACUUCCGACGCAGUGUUGCUGACAGCUCAGACGAGGAAGCUCGACAAAAUAUGCUGUUAGCCAGCACUUUUGCAGGUGUUGGAUUUGGUAACGCAGGAGUCCAUCUUUGCCAUGGACUGAGUUACCCAAUAAGGUAG